GUUUACUUCAAGUUUCUUAGCAACAAAGAACAACAAAGUGCGUUGAAUACCAAAGGCUGGAGCUGGAGGCUGUUUUCUGAGGUAAAGUGGUUCUCCGUUGGUAUUUUAGCGUUAAAUGUAAAAAGGGAAAAAACAAUACUUGUUGAAUUUCAAAUGGAUGAUCUUCUUUAGGCUCUUAGAACAUGAGAAGUUUGAGCUGUCUCUGUCUCUCUCCUUGUUAAGUUUUAGUCUCUUUGGCUUGUGUGGCCACAACUCUCAGCUCCUGUAUUUCUAUCACUUCACCUAACAGUUUCUCUUCUAAUCCUACAGGUUUAGAGAGCUUCAGCUGCUUCCAAGACAUGCCUGUAACGCCAAGUCUGGACUCUCAGGGGACAGCAGGAGAGAGGAAUCAUGCUCAAACCAAUUGCACACCAUUCAGCGCUGAGUUUACCAAAAGACUGACGACAAGCAGUCCACGCUUUGGCGCCUUGAGUCAUCACUCCUUCUUCUCCCGGCAUAACCCUCACCCACACAGGGUGAGGCAUAUUCAAGGUAAGCAGCAGCCUGCUGUGCGAGAUAUUAUUUCUCGAGCGCUUCAUAAACUCCAACUUUGUUCUUUGCGCUGCGAGUUGUUUAGACAGUUGAUUAAAUUUGCGUUCUUAAUAACCGUGUUUGCUUGUUUGGUCAUAACCUUUUCCUCUAAUAGCAGUUCAUUGCAAUUUAAAUCUUGUUUUAUUCUUUAAGUAGUUUGUUUUUUAAAUGCUAUGUUUUAUGAGAGUCGUGCUUAACUGUUAACAUUUGAAAUGAUGUUUCAGAGUAAUUUCCUUUUUCAUUUCAAGAAAUCAACACUUUGUAUACUUUCUACAACAAAAAUCUGUAAUGCUCAAUUACACUAAGAUUGCAGGACAUAUUUAUAACUACGGUGUGGCCAUAGACGGGUUUAACAACACUCCUCAUGUUCUCAUAUUCUUUUCUUUUAUUAACUUAAUUUAAAGUUAAUCAAGUGUAUAAUAACUGAUAUUCAGAGUUAAACACACACCUUCGUAGUGGGCUUUCUUUCUUCCUUUUGUUCUUUUUAUCUUUCUUUCUUUCUUUCUUUCUUUCAUUCUUUUUAUCUUUCUUUCUUUCUUUUGUUCUUUUUAUAUUUCUUUCUGUCUUUCUUUCUUAUUUUCUUUCUUUUUUCUUUCAUUCUUUUUAUCUUUCUUUCUUUCUUAUUUUCUUUCUUUCUUUUUUCUUUCAUUCUUUUUAUCUUUCUUUCUUUCUUUCUUUCUUUCUUUCUUUCUUUCUUUCUUUCUUUCUUUCUUUCUUCAGAAAACACUUUCUCAGUAGGAAUGAGAAGAUAUUCACACAUCUUUUGCAUCGUUUGAUGAAGUUUCUGAAAUAUCAAAUCUGCCUUUUCCUCCAUAUGUUUAAAUAUUUACGGACUAACACUUUCCCAACAUAUCUUUCCCUGGACACCUGAAGCAAACACAGCUUUUUUCCUUUUUUAAAUUUAUUUAUUAUUUCCCCCCUGUCAAGCGUACAUAACUUUGAUAUCCAGUUUUUAUGAGGAGCUUACAGGUUUAGCCUCCCCCUUCUAACCGUGCCCCCUCUCCAGGAGCGUUUUUAGCAGACUGGGCCUUUGAGAAAACCAGACGAACCUCAUCAGAAUCUCGUCAGGCAACUAUUUGAUCCACCUGCAGGGAGACAGACAUCAAAAGGGGAAAAGCUCAUGCUGUAGAUCAGGGAAAACAUGCACCUACGUCAGUUCUUGGUCCAAUUCUUUAGUGCAGCUCUCAAAAACGCCUUCAAACGGGCAGAAAGCUGGAGCUGAAUCAAAUUGUUAGGGGCAGCCAUCUGCUGGAUGGGCCUAAGAAACGAAGCAGAGGGAAAUGCUCUUUUUAGCUGUGCAGAUUCACACACAACUUUUUGGUCACCAGUCAGAUUUUGAAAUUCGGCCAAAAUAUCAGCCAGAUCAUGUGUCAUUUUGGGGCUCAAGGGGGGCAACUGCAGUCCAAUCAGCUGCUCCCUUAAUUAAUUUCUGGCUAGUCAGAAAGUUAGGUCUGCUAAUUGCAACAUCCUGGCAAAGUGAGAAGAUUUCUAACAAGUUGAUUCUCAAACUUCAUGUAUGUUUUUUCCCUGGUUGCCUGUGUUAGAAAUAAGUGAUGACAUCUGCAAGCACCAUGGCAACACUCAAGAACUGAAAUACACACAUAUAUAUAUAUAUAGACAUUCAUCAGCUAUGACAAUGCAAUGCAACAGGCCUAUUGUGAAUUAUACUUUUAAAAGAUUCUCUAUUUGUAGUUUUUAUGAACAUAUUCAAGGAUUGAUAAUUGUACUUUAUAGUUAAUGAUGAAGUUAUAUUCUCUGAUUUCAGCCUCCGUGAGUGGAAAUUUUUCAUCAAGGACACUUAAUAGACAAUUAUCAAAGCUCUGUUUAGCUCUAAGGUUGUGCUGGACAGUCGGAGUAUACAGUGUGAGGAAAAAAAAUCACAAGUUUUGGGAGUGUGUGUCAUAUAAUUCACUCGUAAAGUGUGAGCUCACCUAGAUAACAUUAUAGAGUGUGUCCAGCUUCAUUUUUAGCUUUUGCACUGCAGCUCACAUUGCUCAGGGACCAGCUCAGGAAUGUGCUCUUUGAAUUUUUUAUGCUUUGUGGAGGUAUUGUGUGUGAUUCAUUUGUUCAGAUGCCAUUUAAAAUGUCACGAGGAUAAAGGAUAGAUCACUCACUCAUGUACACAAACUGUAGUUGUACUCUCAUUCCUGGCAGGAUUUGGUGCAUCUGAUUCUGUCUAUCUAAAACUGAUUUGCCGUUACAAGCACAAAAACAGUCUUAGGAAAUUACCCUGAGGGUAUAAAUAAAGAUUACACAUAAUGAUUUUUUAUGACAGAUGCAUUCAUCUGUGAAUAAAGUCUUCCAGGGACAUGCUGAAUAAUAAUUACCUCUUUUCUGACUUGUUAAUAAUGACUCAAGGGGAUCAUUUUCAGAGCUGAUUGCAUGUUAAGUAAUACUUUGAGUCAAGUGCGGCUUUGCUUUCAAAAUAAGGUCAUUAUAGAGAUGCUUGUUCAGAUAUUAGAGUGGAAGCAACCACUCUGAAGAGAGCGUAACGUCUCAAAUUUGCAGGAAUGUUUCAUGAGGUUUGGUUGUACGCAGACCGGCACACGUGUAAUGUGAGGGAAACUCUUGCAAUCCCUCUCUGAGAUAACAAUCUGAGCCCGUCAGUUGGGAAAUAAAGCACUGGUAGAGGAUGCAUUUCGGCGAUUUUAGCUUGUUUCAUGGCUGCAGGCUGCUCAGUUCUCUCUCAAUACUAGACCAGUUUUAGAGAUUGGUUUCCCCUUCAGGUUAGAGAAAAUCAAAGUUCCCCUUUAGCUUUAAUCUCUGCAGGAAUUUUCACCUUAUGUCUUUGGGGCUUUUACAUCAUGUUGUCCAUUUUUGAAGCCCCUCACCUCUUUAAAAUCUCUCAAGUUUUGGGUGUGUGUUCAUCUCUGAGACUCAUCCGUGUCUUUUCCCACAGGACUCAAUGGUCACCCUGUUUGCAUGGUGCGAGACGACUGGUACGUCACCUCGUCCUUGUUUCCCCAUCCACUUCUCAAGAGUCAGGUCUUCAGAAAAGCAGCCGACCCACUUGCUGCUUUCCCGCUGGCCAAGAACCUUUAUGGAACCGGUAGCAAUAAAAACAGAUCAGGUUUGUUACACCCCCACACAGGAAGCAGAUUCUUUUAUCACCUCUUUGAGGUAAAGUCUGAUGGAGAGAAACAUGACAUUUUUCCUCUGUAUUUCACAGCACUUUUUUCAGAAGCGUGGAAAGAUGAAUUAAAAGACCUUGCUGCAAAAGUCUCUUUGGCCUCUCAGGCACAAAAAGAUAAGAAAGAGGUAAAUGUCUGACUGCAAAUGUCUCAAUUCUAAAUAUUUAAAAUGUUUGAUUAUUUUCACAAAGCUUUAAAUCAAGGCUGAAGCUGUGAUUAAAAUCUACCUGUGAGGCAUAAACCUGAGAAAAAAUGCCAAAUCGAUUUUAGGAGCGUUUUUACCUGCGGCAUCAACCUAAUGUCUGAGCCACUUUGGACCUGAAUUGCAUAUUACUGGCUUCACAUAAAGCUCUUACAAGUUACGAAAAUUAUUCAUUUGUAGGUCCUGUUAUGUAUGCAUGCAUCCUUUAUUAGCUUUGACACAUUUCUCAUAGGAAAUAAAGCAGUCAUGGUCAAUCACAGAGCUGACAUGUUUCCCCUUACAGCACAUUUAGAGGCACUAAUAAGCCCAACUGGCUUGUCUCUGUGGGGCUGAAGGAAGCUAUAUCACUGGUACAGAAGCUAUUAAGGCAGAGAUUAUGCAACUCCACACAGUUUGACCUUCUCAGCCCACCGCUGUGGCUGCUUUGUACUUGAGGCUAAUUAAUACACAGACCGCAUAAUGAUCUGUGUGAGUCCUUUUCAAAAUUAGCAUAGAAGUUCAUUUUUACCCUGAUAUUCUCCAUGAGAAAAAUGAGACGAUCACUCUGCCUCAUUGACCAAAACAAAAUAUUUAGAUUAUUACAAUUAAUUUCAGGAACAACCAGAAGGAGAAGUAGUCCGUCGACAGACUCAAUACUCAGCUGAAACAGGAAGGAUCAUCCCGCCAUCCUCCAAGUCUUACCAACGCAGAUCCCAUUCCCAGCGUCUGAUGUAUCCCCAGCCCCUCCAGGAUCAGGAGCUCAUGGUGACACCCACAUAUUCUUAUUUCUACUUCUACCACAGUUAAUAAAUGAGUCAUGUGGGAGAUCAAAAUAUAGAGCAAGCUUUGUGAUCAUAGACUGUAUAUACUAUGGACAACGUGGUUCGCCUUCCGCCAGUAUAUGGAUUUGAAGCGAAAUUGCUCUCGGAGGCAGAUGGCGUCCAUUCUAUAUACAGUCUAUGUUUGUAAUAUAUCCUCUCAGAUGAUGGUUGGUGGUAGAUCAGAGGGAGCAGUUCGACUUGUCAAAGUCUGCACUGUAUUUGCACUUUUGGAAAUGAUCCCCACCUUGGUUUUUACAGGUUAACCAUGACAUGAUUUUUCUGCUCUUUUGGCAGGUGUUGGAGCUGCUGUGUCAGAUCCUGCAGACUGAUUCUCUAUCGGCAGUCCAGCAGUGGCUUCUGCUUGCAGGCCAAAGAGGUACAAAGAUUUCCUUCUGUAUAUAUUGAGGGAAUUUCAGGGUUGAGCUUGAUUAGCUUUCAUAUUUGUUAGAACAGCACACAGGUUUUGUCAGCUGCUACAGUGAUUUUCUCUCAAAUGCUCCUGUACCUUUGUUUUCCACUUGUUAAUCAUGAUUUGAGCAUCAAGUGGUUUCGCUCCUACUGCCAUCAGAGCACAUGUUGCCAUGUUUAUUCUGUAACAUGUGCAUUGAUGCGCAUAUUUGCAAUAUGUUUGUGACUUUCAGUUUUUGAGCAUUGCUCUGAUUGCACAUUAUAUCACUGGAAUCUAAUCCAUGCAGCCCCAUAUACAAUCUACUAUUAUCUAAUCUUUGUUUUGACACCUCUCAAUCAGAACCAGUACUUACUUUUACAGCAAUCUGAACUCUAUUAUCCUCUAUUGGAUCAGACAUAUGAGCCAGCCUACCUUCCCCACGCGCAUCAGCGAGCAUUGGUCACCUUUGACCUCGUCUCUGAUUCUCUGGUUUUCCACCCUUGGAUCACUUUUGGUGUGCAGAACGAGAACACCCCGCAAGAGCUGCAGUUUUGGACACGCUCCGACUCAAUCGUUCAUUCAGUUCAGCUCACAGUGUCGCACUUUAUCAUGUUUUUUUUUUUUGCUUCCCACACAUCAACCUUGAGGACAAAAUGUUCACCUCGCGCUCAUUUAAUUUUCAAAAAUUGCUUUUAAAUUGCACCGCUCGACCCACCAAGUGUAUUACGAUCAACUUGAUCUUUCAUGAGGGUUAAUGGCUUGUCAACCUUUUUCCGUCACACUAAAAGGACUGAUACAGUAAUUUAAUUAACCGCUCAACGAACAUGAUCACUUCUGGUGGUAUUCUGCACCGCUGAUUGAAAAAACUAAAAAAGAUGAACUCUUUUCUGUCAUCGGUGUGAUAUGGUUUAUACUCUCAGAGAAAGACCUGGUGAUGCGGAUGUUGAAACAGGCUCUGGAUGGGGUUGACCUCUCAGGCCAUCAGCAGCAGGUGUACAGGCCGCCCUUUGACCACUCAUGGAGGAGACCACAAAGAACCAGGUCUGUUGUCUUGAAUCGUUAUUGUCUUUUUGCUCAAAAAUACAACAAAUUCUCUCUAUUGAAUGUUUCUCAUCCACCUCUGUAGCACACAUAAAGUGAGUCAAGUUUCCAGCGCUGACAAACCAGGUAUGUAUCCUUCUCUUACACUCUCUUGUCUUUUAGCUUUUUAUUUACCCAAAGAGUAUCUGACCUUCCUUCUGUUCAGCUUUUGUCUUCGAAUUUCUGGUUCAAAAUGAAAAGAGUUUAAACUCAUGCCGCCUGCCAAAGAAUGCUUCGUGUUUUUUUUUUUUGUAUUUAAGUCUGACCAAACAUCCAAAUCAUCGUUUUAUCGAGCACUACACAUAGCUUAACGUUUCCAAGCUUUAAGCCAAGGGAACAAGAAUGUCAAGGUCAUUGACAGACCAAUUUCUAACUGCGUUUAUUCUGUGAUGAAAUUAUACUAAAAGCUAGUGCAGAGGACUCGGCCGAAGCACGUUGCAAAUUGCAGGAUGGCAUUAUCCAUUUAUCUGUGGGUUUACAUGAGUUGGAAAGUUUAAACAUGAUGAACUGUUUGUUUUUGAUCAUGUCCUGAUAUUUUUCAUUAUUAAGAUAGCCCUGACUAGCACCAGACUGAUUCUACCUCUAUAAUAAAAAAAGAGGGAAAAUCUGUAUGAGCCUUAACAAUCCUGUUCACCUUCAAUAUUAGAAAAAAAGAUGGCCUCAAAAAUUUGUAUGAAUGUUUGGGGCAUUGUCAUGGUGCAGGGUUAAACAAAGGAGAAAAGGACCAAAAUGCAGAACUUAUUAAAGCAAAAUCAAAUGAGGAAAACUCUGGAAAAUUUCCAAGAAAAAUCCAAAGAAACAAAAACGCACAAGGAAAAAUCACAACAAGGGAUAUGACACCAACAGAGACAUACAGACAAUGAACUGAUAAGAACAGAGGUGAAGACAGAGACUAUAUACACACGGGUUAACGAGCAACAGGUGAGGCUAACGAGACACAGGUGAAACUCAAGGUGAUUAACGAGGGACGGAAAACUAGGGAAGUAAAACCAGACUAGAAACACAAGGAGAACUACAAAAUAAAACAGCAAACACUGAGAACUGAUCUAACAAAACACUGAGAACAGGAGGAAAACAGGUUCAGACACAAACUGAAAACUCACAAUACUGGAUCACAGGGGAACAGAAACACUAGUGGAAAUACUCAGAAGAUACACUCAAAUAACAAAACCAGGAAAAAAUAAAACAAGAAUCAACCAUGACAGGUAUUUAGCUGUGUGAUAGGGCUGUCGAUACAUCCCAUUAUUGACCAUAACUGUUUUUAUUUAAAUAUUAAUUAUUGAUGAUGUGAUAAAUUUAAGGAAAUGGUCAUAGUCAAAGUUCACUGAUUGCUACAUGCUGUGAAAUAGAGGACAGGUGUGAACUAGCUUAGAGCAACUCUCUGAGAAAUUAUCAGACAAAACUGUAAUUCUGUGAUUUUGUUCAGAGCUUGUGCCUCUGAUUAAUUAAACGUUCAUACUUUCUUAUCCUUCUGUUAACUGUUUUCAUUCAGUCCUAUUUUUUUGCAUCUACCUGAGGUCACUUGAGUUUCAAAAUAAAAGCAGUUUUACGAUGUAGAAAACAAAGCAACUUAAAUGCAGGACGAAUAAAAUAUCAAAGUAAAAGCAUGAAAAAAAAAUAGUUUUACAAUAUGAGGUAAUAUUUUCUCUAAAGAUGUUUAAGUUACACAGUAAUGUGGAUAAAUAAAAAGAUUUUAACAAAAUUUAAAAAAUUAUAAAAUGCGCUAACUGUCUAUUAGUAAAAUUUAUGGACUUGUAAAAAUGAUGCUCCACCCUUGUCUUGCCUUUUCUCAGUUUUACUUCCUGUAACAUCAAACUUUCACCUCAUGAUUAUUAUGAUAUUCUAUGACCAUAAUAAUCAUGAGGUGAAAGUUUGAUGUUGUGACGGCCCUAGCUGAGAGAUCUUUAUAUUGUUAGUGUAAUUCUUCUGGUUGGGAUAUUAUUUUAUUCUCUGACUUCUUCAGGUUUUGGGUUCUUGCUUUGUUCCUUGAAUAUUUUUGCAUGUAUGUCAAAGUAAACUCGUGUUAUUAAAGGUGUUAUAUGAAUAAAUAACAAUCAAUAUUAUGAUUAAAUGAUGGAAAUGAAUAUUUUAUGGUAACACUCACUCUCAACUCUCCUCUGCAGAAAGGAUUGGAGACGCAGAGGUCCUUACGGUCCACACGGAGGCUUCCCACCAAUCUCAAGAUGGACCCCUUGAGCACACAGAGAGCGUGUAGAGCUCCCUGAUUCUCAUUAUGGAGACAUUGCUGUUUCUCUGAUUGCCUUUCUUACCAUCCUCGUGACAAAUGCUUGUAAUAUCAAAAGGUCUCUGUUUUAGAAUGAUGUAGAUGUUUGUAAUGGCUGUAGAGGAUUCUCAGAGCUCAGGUCAAUUAGUCAUAAUGAGGAGAGAGUCCUUGAGAUGUAAUUUGCCCUUCGAUUACAUAAUACACUGUGUUAGAGUAAAUGGUGUUAUGUUGUUUGUGUCACCUGUCUUACAGGUGCGUUUUUGAUACUGAACUAUGGUGUGUGUAAAAACACUGUUUUGGGUUUAAGGGCUUAAUGAGGCAAGAAAAAAAAUCAUUUGAAAAGAAGAGUAAUUGACUUUUCAUUGAGUGUUUUGAUUAACCUUCCUCCUGUGUUAGCUUUUACUACGCACCCACCAUGCUAAGGGUCGGUUUUGACCCAUGUCUUAAAUCAGCUGUAAAUUACACUAUAAACAAUUCUCUAUCAUCCAGUUUGGUUCUCAUCUCUCGGUUACCUUGUCAGGCUUCAUUAUC